CAAGUGUUGCCGGCUCUAGCGGAUCCCCCCUCAGUCUAUUUCGUCUUCCUCUAUCCCAAGCUCCCAAAUUCCUAUCUCUGUUUGCGAAAGUGGCAGUCUCUUUUCACCCGACCACUUCUGCUCCAAGCUUUCAGCCCCAAGCUAGACUCGCUCCUCCUCUCAGGUUCUCUCCCGCAUGGGUUAAAGCUUCAAUAUUUAGGAAUUUUUGGAGCUAAAAACCCCAACUUGACGGUUGAGUUCUACGGCAAAGUUAAUAAGAGCCUUCAAUCCAGUACCGGGAACGUGUUACCUUCAUUUGGCAGAAUAUAGAGGAAGAGUUUGGCAAUCAGAUUUUGCCAACAGUGGUGAUGUAGUACAGCCCGUAGGUAUUAGAUUAAGCACUUAAACAAUCGAACAGAGAAGAAUAUAAGAGAUCGAGGAGAAGAAAUAUAGAUUGAAAAGAUGAGAUAAAGGGCAGAAACAGUAGAACAAAGAUGAAUAUCAGAGAUCGAGGAGAGAAAGUCAUUGGCCUUUGGCCUUUAAUCCAAAUAAAUUUUUUUUAAAAAAAAUCUUCAAAUGCCUUGAAGAAUAUCAGAAAUCUUAGUCAAAAACAAAAAGAGAGAAAAUCUCAGUAAUCAUUUGGACCACUUCAUCCAAGUUCACAACAAAACAAGGCCUAGGAAAUCCAAGUUGAGCUUGGCUUACUGGGCCUUUAGGCCCAAGCCCAUCAUCAACUCAACUCUGGCACUCUUAUGUCUUGUCUAAGAAGGCGAUCAAAGCAAAGCUCAACUAUCUGAAAGUGCAAAAUUUGCCACCUGAACUUGGAGAAGGUUUAGAAAACUAGGUCUCAGUUCUUCCCACUACCUUUCCAAAGCAUGAAGAGGAGAAGAACAUGAAUCCAAAUGGUCCGAAUCUUGUAUUUUUACUGAAUAAAAGUCUAACCUUGAACCAACUAAAACAAAUCCAUGCACCCAUUAUCACCAAUGGCCUUAACGAGCUUCAGAGCCUCUUGCUCCGCCAAGUCCUCCACUCAAAUUUCACUUACUCUAGAACUAUAGCUCAGUAUGUGCACCAAAUCCUUCACAAUUUGCAAAACCCAGAUGACUUUUCAUGGGGUUGUGCCAUUCGUUUCUUCUCUCUGCAUUUCCAGUACAAAACGGCUUUGUCCCUUUACGUUCAAAUCAAAAGGCUAGGACUGUGCCCAACUAGUUUUGCUGUGUCCUCAGCUCUAAGGGCAUGUGCUAGGAUUGUACAUAAGGUGGGUGGGAUUUCAAUCCAUGCCCAGGUUCAUAAGUAUGGGUUUUGCGGCUGUGUUUAUGUACAAACUGCCCUUGUGGACUUGUAUUCUAAACUGGGUGACAUGGAAACUGCACGGAAGGUGUUUGAUGGAAUGACAGAGAAGAAUGUGGUUUCUUGGAAUUCUAUAUUAUCUGGGUAUUUGAAAGCUGGGAAUAUGGAAGAGGCUCAGGUGGUGUUUGAUGAGAUUCCGAAUAAGGAUGUUGUGUCUUGGAAUUCAAUGGUUUCGGGGUAUGCAAGAAUAGGAAAUAUGGACGAGGCGUUUUUCUUGUUUCAACAAAUGCCAGAGAGGAGUUCAGCUUCUUGGAAUGCAAUGAUUAGUGGUUUUGCGGAUUGUGGAAGAAUGGAAUUGGCACGAAGCAUUUUUGAUUCCAUGCCAUUAAGAAAUAAAGUUUCUUGGAUUGCCAUGAUUAGCGGGUACUCAAAAUGCGGCAAUGUUGAGUCUGCUCGUCAACUCUUUGAUCAGACGAGUGAGAAAGAUGUGCUCUCGUUUAAUGCCAUGAUAGCUUGCUAUGCGCAAAAUAGUCAACCAAAGGAGGCCCUUGAGCUGUUCAACCAGAUGCUUAAACCGGAGGUGAAUAUUCAACCGAAUGAGAUGACUUUGGCGAGUGUUAUAUCUGCUAGUUCACAACUAGGAGAUUUGAAAUUUGGGUUAUGGAUUGAGACAUAUAUGAGUAAGGAUGGAAUUGAAUUAGAUGAUCAUUUGGCUACUGCUUUAGUUGACUUGUACACAAAAUGCGGAGACAUUGAAAGGGCAUAUAAGUUGUUUCAAGGCUUGAAAAAGAGAGAUGUAGUUGCUUAUUCGGCGAUGAUCUUGGGUUGUGGCAUAAAUGGUAAGGCAGUUGAUGCAACCAAGAUGUUUGAGGAGAUGGUAAACGCCCAAAUUUACCCAAAUUUGGUCACAUACACUGGGCUACUAACUGCCUAUAACCAUGCUGGUUUGGUUGAAGAAGGCUACCGAUGCUUUAAUUCAAUGAAUGACCAUGGAGUUGUGCCUUCAGGAGAUCAUUAUGGGAUCAUGGUCGACCUUUUCGGCAGGGCAGGACAGUUUGACAAAGCACUUGAGCUAAUAAGGAGCAUGCCUAUGCAACCUCAAGCUGGGGUUUGGGGAGCUUUGCUUCUUGCUUGCUCAUUACACAACAAUGUUGAGCUUGGAGAGAUUGCUGCUCGGAAUUGCUUUAAAUUGGAGCCUGAUAAAAGCGGUUAUUAUGCUCUUCUUGCCAACAUUUAUGCUUCUGCUGAGAGAUGGGACGACGCGAGGAGAUUGAGAAAGGUUAUGGAGAAGAAAGGAUUUACCAAGAUUCCUGGGUGUAGCUGGAUGCAAUCAAUUUGAAUUUUUUUACAAUUACCAGUUCAGAAGUACAACAUGUACAAUAGUUGGACCAUUUUGCAGCGUACUCCGAGCAUGGCUAUCUAUGAUACUAUGCAGAGCUUAUAGAGUCCUGUUGGCACCCAUUGUGUGGGCUAUGCCUUUAAUUUAGCAGCCUUUCUUCUUGCAGCUGGAGAAAAGGUAAUAGUACUGAAUUCAAGUUGAUAAAAUCCUUAGUACUAAUGCUCAUCACGAAGGUGGUGAACGCAAGUUUUUUUCUUUUUGCCUCAGAAAUGCAGAAGUUAAUACAGCUAAAUAGUGCUGUGAUGAUGUGGUAUAAUGUGGGGGAAUAUAAUUUUCUGUAGAAAAUGACUGAUGAUGGCCUUUCAUGUCCAUUUUGUUGCUAUCUGAGCUCUUUUCACACAUGCUAUUUAGCAACCCCUGUACAUUAAUGAUUUGAUGCAUUAUCUUCAUGUUCGAUGUGACUUAAAAGGAUUGUUGCUUCCAUCUAUUGAAUAAUAAUAAUAUAUAUUAAAAAAUUAAAAUAUUACAUAGUGUCCGAACUUUUCAGUUAUAACUUGCCAAAAUUUUUCCGAAUAAAACAUGUACGUAUUUUAUUCGUAUUUUUCCCGUUCCGUAUUUUACUAACUAUCAUAGAAUGCGAGAGGCUACAAUUAUUUCUUACUUGUUGUAACAAAAAUGCAAGAUGGUGAAUCCAUCUUAUAUUAUUUUGCAUAAAAGAAUUAGUUUAGGCACUGAAUCCAUCAAACCCUAGCUAAAUAUGUAUAUGGUUUAACAGAGACUGCUUUGUUAUGUAAUGGAACUAUUUUCAUUGCCUUGAUUAAUUUUUUCUUGUGACUCUUAGGACUAGAAGUUAUA